GCCGUUUUAGGGUUUAAAGGGCAUAUUGAUUACUUUAAUAUUGAAUUCAGUACACAUUGUUUACGACGAAGUAAAGUUUCGAAUUUUUAGAAGAAUAGUUUAGGGCAAAUCACGCGAUGUCGGCUAAAAUAACCGAUACUUUUCAUGUUGUGAAGAAAACUGAUUCAGUUUCAAAAAAGUUUCCUCAGAAAAAGGUAAAAAAUGAAGUGAAAGAUAAGGCUGAUCAGCAACAAAAAGGUGAGGAGACCGAGACGAAACUGGGCAACUUUGGGCAAGGUUUGCACAUGGUUUAGUAAUAUGAUUCGAUUCUGUGGAAAGACUCGAAUUUACUUGUCAAGAGUAGAUUGGGCAGCCUAUAUACAGUAGAGUACCAGCGCUCUCCUGACAAGUAAAAACAAAUGGUGUUAAAAUUAUCUGUCGUUAGACGGAGUAAAUAAUAAAGUAUGGCACAAUGCAACUUAAUGGUUUAAAUAUUUACAGUAGGCUGUUGCGGUGUAUUGUAAAAUUUUGAUAUAUCAAUCUCAAGAAAAAAAUAUCGACUAUAGCAAAAUUACAAAAUGUAGUUUAGUCAACGGGUCAUUCCAGAAAAGAUCCACACUCCCCCCACGGAGGAAAUUUCUGCUGUCCGGAGGGGGAGGGGAGACAAAAUUGUUUCUGAUAAUAGUAAAUGUAUUAGGACAUCCGAAGGGGGUAGGAGGGUUAACUUCCUAUUUCCUCUGUGGGGGUGGUAUGGAUGUUUUCUGGAAUGACCCAAUAUACUGCAUCACAAACAGCAAAAAACAAAGUUGCAUGAAACUGAUUGAAUAUCAAAAGGUUUAUUUAUGACAAUUUGGUCAUUUUAUGAAUGUGAAAAAGAUUUAUUUACUAUUUUAUAUUGAUAUUUUUGACAUUUCGAUAUUUAUCAACUACACUGAUAUACCGCAACAGCCUAAUUUACAGCAGAGUGCGAGUGCAUUCUUUAUUAAGAGAUUCCCAGGGUUCCCAUGUGAUUUUUGUACAGAAUGUGAUAUAAGGGUAUAAAUAAUGAACAGCUCCUACAGAAAGUUAGACUUAAUAUCCUAAUAACUGCUUGUGUUGUAGUUUAUCCAGCAGCAAAAGAUGUCCACGAUUUGAAUAUUAUACGUGAUUUUGAUCUGAGAUGUGAAUAUGGCCCGUGUAUAGGUUUGUACCAUUCCUUUGGUUUGUACUGUAACUACUAGUGAAAAGCAAACACUACGAGCUGUGGUCUAUGCAGAAAGAUAGAGGCUCACAGCUCAGAGAUAUGAACAUGAUCAUUAAUUUAGGCAUAUCAAGACUUGAAAGAUGGACAAGAGCUCAAGAUUAUGGCCUUGAACCCCCUGCUAAGGUGAAGAAAAUCAUUGAGGAACAUAUCAAUGACACCAAAUUCACACAAUGGUUUGUAUGCUGAAUUGUUGCAAUUAUUAUAGAAAAGUGUAAAGAUCAGGUUUGGCUGAGCAAGAGGUUAUUUGAAAACCAAUGUUCCUGGUUUAAAAUAGCCAGACUAUGUUUGGUGGAUAAUUAACCAGGGUCCAGUGGCAGACACUAGGGGUGGGGGCAAGGGGGGGGGGGCUGCACCUCCGCCCACCAAUAAGUUUGAAAGACCUAUAAAAGUCUGCUUCCACAUAUCACAAUUAUCAUAUACAAUAAUCAAGUGAGCCAUAUUCUGAAAGAUCCAUAUAUCUUACAGCCUCAAACAAACACCAAAAACCCCUUAAUAAUAUACAUAUUGAACAUUUUGCCCAUCCCCCCCCCCCCCCCCCCCCCCUUUCCCCCCCCCCCCCCCCCCACCCUUCUGCAAGUGUCUGCCACUGCCAUGGGUCCCUGGCUUUUCUCAGACACUCGUUUUCCUUGAAGUAUUCCAUAUUGUUUUAUUAAUAAUAUUAUAUUAAUAAUUUAUAAAUAUUGAUUAUAAUAAUAGUUUAUAUUAUUUCCUACUUACUUUUUUUUUACUUUUUCUAGUUUAUGGUAUGAAGAAGAGCUUUUAUAAGGAGAUGUCUGCAACAUUUUAACAUUUCUAGUUUUAAGAUGACAAGUAUAACUUGAGACCACUUGACUAUAAUGACUAAGCUGGGAAAUGCAUAAACCGACAGUACUGAAAAUUGCUUGUAAUUAAUUUAUCUUGUAAUUCAGUCUCUGCACAGGCUACGAUAGCCACACAAGUUGCAAUCAUGAAAUCCAACAGAAAUUUUGUAUUCUAUGCUGCCCAACAAGCCUAAAAAUAAGCGGCCGGUCAUGGAUAUUGUCCGAUACGAGAAGGUAAUUGUCCGGUAACACUGGUUUUUGCCGGACAGUUUGUCCGGCAGCAUAUUACAGUAAUACAGCAACACUUUGUCAGGCACCGUUGAAAAUAUAUUUUCAGGCUUGCUGCCCAGAAGCUUUGGACAGGUUUUAGAUAUUAGGGAGGUUUAGAUUUUGGCUUCCACUAGUUACCGCUAUACCAUUAACCAAUCAGUUGCAUUUAAUUUACCCAAAAAACCAAUCUACUUGUGAGAGGUAGUGGUAAUGCCUGAUGGUAGUAGAAGUCAAAUCUGAACCUCUCGAUUACAAAAAAAGGUAGUUUGUCUUUCGUUACAGUAAUGCACCAAAAAGAUUGGAGUGAAUCGUAUGUGUUUGUAUGUGUUUCUUCUUGUUUUACGAAGAUGUAGUUUCAGGUUACCGAAUAUCGUUUAGAAAACUGUGAUUUAUGUACCAUACUUUAUCUUACAAAGUACACCUAGAGUCUUACGUUUGUACUAGCUCGAGUAUGCGGGAGUAUAAUCACAUUUGGAGUAUCAGCUAGAAAUGUAGAUUUAUUACACCCUGACAGUUCGUCUUGUGUUUCUACAAAGACAGAUCGAUAGUCUGCGAAACGGAUGAUGCAUGAAUCUUAGUUUACAUCAAGUCAGCCAUUGCUCCGUUUUGAAGGAUUUAUGUAAGAAAACGUAUUUGCACUAACUUGUACAUUACGCCACUCCUACAGCGAACGAGUCUGUCUGUUGCAUCUUUUUAUAACAUUCCAAACUGCAGAGAGGUAGCUUCGUCCGAGAGCACAAGUACCGUUUUACGUUUGCACAGCCUUCAACUGCACACAUCACUGCCCUUGACGGAGGACUAUAAAAUUAGGAAAUUAAAUAAACUUCAAAUUUAUUAUGCUUUAUACCAUAAAAACAUGCUAUCCGG